AUGUUAAAAGCAACUAGAAGUAACACAAAAAUAUACUUAAUUGGGUCCAAGAAAAGUGAAAUUUUAGGUAGUAAGCUCCCGUGUAAUAGACAAGUGUUAAGUACGUUCUUUUAUUAUCACAGAACACUAAGAAAGACUAUUCGUGAUAGUUCCCGUGCGGUUAUAAAAGAAGUUAAGACAUUUUGGUCAAAAGCCCGUAUACCAAUAAGAGAAGAGCAACACGCAAUAGCGAAGCUAGAAAAACUUCACGGAAGUUGGAAUCUAUUAAAAAAGAGCUCUAAAAGAAAAAGUGCAACUCAACGUUUAAAAGAACAAAAUUUUAUUGAUACUUUAGAAGAUUUAUUUGAUAUAGCCCAUGCGGAUGCACUCACCCUAAUUAAAAUUGAAGAAGACCGAAACUUCUUAAUAGCGCAGCGAGAAAAAAAGCGGCGUGGCUGCAUUAUGGGAAGAGACAAAGUUUUACAUCUAAAAGAAUGUAAAGCUGAAAAGAGGAAGAAGGAAUACCAGCUUAGAUGUGAACGUGAAGAGCAACGAAAAUACACUAAUAGUAGUAGUGAGUUUGUCAGUGACGUGUUAAGAACAAGCACAGACCUCGGGUCAGACAGUAGUUAUAAUAGCGAUAAUAAUUUCUCGAUUUCGAGUAACUACAAUAAACAGAUGCCUGAAAAGGAAAAGGUGCAAAAGAGAAAGAAAGUUCGUGGCACUGGAAGCACAUCUCUAAUCACACCCCAUCUCGCUGCUACGCUUGACAGAGCUAAUAUAAGUGACCGAAAAGCGACUUUUAUAGUCACUGCUACGCUUCAAAGUCUGGGUCAGAACGUUGCCAAUAUCCCACUGAGUCGCUCAUCUCUGCGAAGAGCGAGGCAAAAUGCUCGUGCCAAGCUCUCUACAAAUAUAAAAAAUAAUUUACAAGCUCAAGGGCCUUUCAUAGUGCAUUGGGACGGAAAACUUCUGCACCCAACUAUUAAAAAUGUUACAGAUAGUUCAUCCAACGACGAAGACUUUGCUAAAGAUCAAGACUUUAAGUGGUCCUAUCCUUUACAAAACGAACAGAAAAAACAAAAACCAGAAGAAAAAUCCAGUCAAAUGAGAGUUCCAUUGACAAAUAUCGCCAAAAUUGCUGAUAUGACUGCCAUCCAGGAUGAAAUUCAGGGUGUAUUGGAGUUUGCAGAGAAACAACUUGAGGUAAUUCAGCCGCGUGAGGAUUACAGAGAAAUUCUUGAGCUUCUUAUAAUUUUUCUUGGAGGAACCCCUCCCCGUGGUGUACGAUUUCGUUCUCCAGGAGCUCUGCAUCACGCUAGAUGGAUGGCUAAGAUCCUAUACAGCCUUAAGUUAUGGAUGUUUCGAGGACAGUUUAAGCUAACUCUACAGGAAGAAAAAGCCCUUAAAGACAUUUGCAUUUUUAUUAUCCGAAUAUAUUUAAAAAAUUGGUUUGGUGCUCCUUUACCUAUACAAGCACCAAGAAACGACCUUAAACUUUUAAAGCAACUUAAAGAGUAUGAAGAAAAAAAUUUAACUGUGUCUCAGAUUGCACUUGAAAAAUGGAAACGACAUCUUUGGUAUCUUAGCGAUCACCUUGUAGCACUUGCUUUUUUUGAUAUGGGUAUUUCACCUGAAGAAAAAGAGAGAAUGGUUAUUGCUCUACACGAGAAUCAGGGAGAGGCCGAACCCUCAAAGAGAGCAAACAUAAUAAAUCUUCAAAAACCCAUAAAUGGUAUGACAAUAGCGAACUUCGUGACAACGAACACUGUUUUUUUCUUUAGAAAUUUAGGAAUUGAUAUGGAAUUCCUUCAAAUGAAACCUGAAAAAUGGGCAAUGCAAAAAAGUUAUCAGGAUGGCCUUGAAAUAGUAAAAAAUCUCCGUGUGGUAAAUGACAAUGCGGAGAGGGGUGUAGCCCUCAUUGAAGCCUAUUCUUCCACAAUUACAAAGAAUGAAGAACAAAAGCAAUGUCUUCUUCAAGUUGUGCAGGAACAUCGACAAAGAUACCCUGAUUGUAAUAAAAAAACCAUUGUAAAACCUUUUGAUUUCUAA